AUCCGCCCUUUCACUUUUCUGCACUGUACUUAACGUCCUACCGGUACAGUGCCGGCACGUUUGUUCCCUGAAGAGAAACAUCACGAAUUGCAUCCCCUUACCCAUUUGCCCUCUCUCUACCGUCAAUUCUGCUAUCGUCACCGCAAACAGAGUAUAGGUUUGACCUCUUCCUGCCCUUUGACCCGCGAUCACGCUUGCCCACUUACGCGUCACAGUGGAGUGGUAAACCCAAGGACCCACCAUCCACGCCCACCCACACAACCCUUUCCUUCCUCUCUCCCUUCCCUCCCCUCCCUUCCCUCCUCCCUUCCCUUCCUCCCUUCCCUUCCCUUCCUCCCCUCCCUCCCUUCCUCCCCUCCUUCCCUUCCCUUCCCCCCCUCCCUCCCCCUUCCUUCCUCCCUUCCCUUCCCUUCCUCUCUUCCUCCCUUCCUCUCUUCUUCCCUCCCUUCCCUCCUUCCCCUCUCCAUAUCAACUCUCCCUCUCUCUCCCUCUCUCCCCACAUCUUCAUAACACCUCCAUCCUUCGUCACUCAACCUCUUCCGCACACACAAACUUUACUCAUACAAGUGAGUUAGUCUCCUCCCUUCAUCCAAUUCUUUCUUAAUCGUUCUCUGUUUCCACUGCCCUUUCGUUGCUUUUUACCCAUUAUUGCUGUUGUCAACUGCCUUGUUUGUCGCCUUGACUUUAAAAUAUUCACUUCUCCCGCAUCAUUUCAUCAACCAGUCCUCAAACUAACAGCCGAAGAGCAAAACAAAAAAAGAACAACCCAAUGGCUACUCAUACGGAAGGUGUAAGUUUUCAUCCGUUUGACUUUCCCUCAUUUUAUUUUUAUUAUUGCCCCUCCUAACCACCUGUAACAGGACCUUCCGAAACGCCCCGCCUUUGGCACCAAGGGGAGACCAGCACUUAUCGCCGUGAACUCCUAUGCCGUCUCGAAGUUCCCCACUCUCGCCAUCAACCAGUAUGAUGUAAGUUGGCCAUUGUAUCUGCUCUCUUGUUUUAUUUUUUAGCUUUUAGAGGUGUUAAGUUUGGGCUAGGUCACAAUUGGUUCUGGUAGUGAAAAGCGGGCAUUGAUCAAGAAAAUUUGGUUCUCGGAUAAACUGCAAUCGCAGUUUGGUUCCGCGAAGAAUACUGUAUUGUUUGAUGGUGGGGAACUCUCCCCGAUGAUUCACAUGUAAGGUGGUUUGCUAACCCACAUGUAGGCAAUAAAUUGGCUUGGUCCGUGACAUUGUUUCCAUUUGGAGACCGUCUUGUUACUACUAUCGACCUUGAUGAAGGUAAAUUUGUCCGAAUCUCCAUUUUCCCUUUGUGGUCAACCGCUGAUUAUUCUUUUUUCCUUCCAGGCGAUGGCCCCCCAGAGGGACGAGGUGGCAGACCCCCUAGGGAUAACAAACAUCGUGUCGUUAUUCAAAAAUCAGGCAGGGUCCCACUUCAGGUCGUUGAGGCCUUCGUUAAGGGAGAUUAUCGUAUGGACAAUGAGGUCCUUGUCGGCAUUAACUUUCUUGACCAUCUCAUGCGGGAGACUCCUAGCAAACAUUUUAUCACAAUUAAGCGUUCCUUCUUCCAGUCGUCUGGGAGGUCCCCGAUGGAACGCGGUGUCGAAGCGUGGAAAGGGAUUUUUCAGUCUGUGCGUGCGACCCAAGGUGGCCGCCUUACUAUCAACGUCGAUGUUGCAACGACUGUAUUUUGGAGUCAAGGCACCGUGUUGGACAUUGCAUGCCGUAUGACUCUGAAUGGUAGCAUCCCGCUCUUUUGAUUUGUGCCAAUUUUGAUCGAUACUAAUACUUUUUUAUAAUAGGCUCUCCUGAGGAUCUUCAAUCGAGGAUUGUUAAGGAGCAAGGUAAAGGCCCGACAUCCCGCGAUUUGCGCCGUCUCAAGCGGGUCUCUUUCUUCUGCACCCAUCGUAAGCGCGAUACCGAAGUCCGCAAGAAGGUUUAUACCAUCGAGGGAUUUGAUCAGAGUGCGGUUGACUACACAUUUGAUCUGAAGCGUCAUAAUGCUGAUGGAGGCGUUACCACCGAACGCAUUACUGCUAAUGAUUACUUUGUGAGGCAGUACAAUUUGAGGCUGAGGUAUCCCCAGCUUCCCUUGGUCAAGACCCGGAAGAAGGGCGAAGUGUUUCCAAUGGAAUUGUGCCACAUUCAGGAGGUAGGGUUCCUUUUAUCUGUGGCGAGUUGGAUUUUGCCGACCCGGAUUAACGCCACCUCUAGGGCCAACGUUAUCCGUUUAAACUUGAUGAGCGUCAAACUGCAGAGAUGAUCAAAUUUACUGUUCAGGUACUUUAUCCAGGGAUCACUCUACUUUGAACGGUCAUCGUGCUGACAUUCCUGGUAUAGCGCCCGACUAUUCGCAUGGAACAGAUAAAGUCCAAUGUGGCCCAGUUGAAUUGGAACAAAGAUCCUGUUCUUGCAAAAUACGGUAUGGAAAUUGAUACCAAUAUGAUCAAGGUUUGUCUAAAUCUCACUCGCAUUUCUCGAAGCCGUUAUUCUGACUUAGCCUUAGUCCAAGGGUCGUAUUUUGGGCGCUCCUAAGAUUUGCUACGGUGACGGUUCGACCGAUCGUGUGUUUACUCCACGUGACGGCAAGUGGGACCUUCGCGGGAAGAAGUUUGCCAAAAUUGGCGCCCAACUAAAGGGUUGGGGUUUCAUGAUCUUCGCACCCCAGAGGAUUUGCGAUGAGCUCACAGUGAAAAACUUUAUCCGGCAGCUGAUCUCGGUCUACAUCGGCCAUGGUGGGCAAGUUCAAAACAAGGAGCCGAUAAUCAUGUACGCGGACCCGAAGAAGUCCAUCGGGACUAACAUUUUUGAGCUUUACAAGAAGGCUGGGAAUCAAGUCCAGGCCAAGCCCCAGAUGUUGUUUUUCGUUCUGAGUGCCAAAUCGCCCCAGCCAUACAAUGAGAUUAAGGCGUUCUGUGAACUCAAUAUUGGCGUUGUUUCUCAAUGUGUGUUGUCCCCCCUUCUCUGUCGGCUCCGCUAACACCUUUGGAAAUAGGCCUUCAAUCGAGACAUGUGGGUCAGGCAAAGCCACAGUAUUGCUCUAAUGUUUGCAUGAAGGUUAACGCUAAACUUGGCGGCACAACUUGCUUUCUUGACAAGAGCGAUCACCCUCUCUUUGGGAAGGAGGCGAGUAUCAUUGUGGGCGCUGAUGUUUCCCACCCGGCCCCGGGGAUUGCCAAGGCGUCGUUCGCGUCUAUGGUUGGGUCAACCGAUAGUAUGCUCCUCUCUAUUGCUUGGAAAGUAUCUUGGUACGUUUUAUCUAAUCGCUCUUUGUGGUUUAGUGCAAGGGAGUCGUUUCGCGGCUAUUUGCAACACUAAUGGCCUUCGCACUGAGUGCAUCACCACCCCGAAUAUGGUCAAGUUCAUGUGUACCCUUUUGCGCGCCUUUAGGCAGGAGACCACUAAGAUACCUAUGCGUAUCUUCUACUUCCGCGAUGGCGUUAGUGAGGGCCAGUACCAACAGAUUAUUGACGAGGAAUUGCGCGAUAUGAGGGAGGCAUGCAAGAUUUUGCAGGCCGAUUAUAACCCCAAAAUUACCGUCACGAUUUGCUCUAAACGUCAUCACACACGCUUUUUCCCAGUCGACCGCAACGCGCAAGAUAGGAACGGCAAUUGUCUCCCAGGGACGAUUAUUGAACGCGAUGUUACCCAUCCAACAGAAUAUGAUUUCUGUGGGUUCUCCUGUGUCACUGUUGCCUUUUAAGGGCGCACUUUUGCUAAUGUAUAGUAGAUCUGGCGGCUCACAAUGCCAUCCAAGGGACUGCGCGCCCGGUUCAUUAUCAUGUCAUCCAUGAUGAAAACAACAUGCCGGUUGAUAUGUUCCAAGCAUUGGUAUACAAUUCUUGCUACACGUACAUUCGUGCCAGUAACUCCGUGUCGUUGAGUAUGUCAAAUCCUCUCCUCCUUUUUUUGUCUUCGAGACUAUUAUUCACAAUCUCCUAGUCCCGGCUGUCUAUUACGCCCAUCUGGCGUCUUCCCGGGCUCGUGCCCAUGAAGUUACCGAUGAAGGCAAUACAGUCAUGACCUCCACUUCCGGUGAGAAGAGGGACCCAGCCGAUGUGGCUGAGAUCAGGCCCCUCCAUGAUACCAUUAAGCAUGCCAUGUGGUAUGUUUAAGAGGCCAUGUCAUCAUGUAGCAUUGAUCGGGAUUCUAAGUUUCGUUCCUAUCUUUCUUUCCACGUAUGUUUGGAUUUUCUUUGGGGCGCAACGUUUAGUUUUCAGAUGGCGAUCUUGGCUUUUUCCUGUACUCCUAAAAUAAAAAAAUAAAAACCCGGUGAAA